CACACACAAACAAACGCAAACGCAGCAGAAGAGAACGCAACCACAAACGAACAACCACCGCACAACACACACACACACACACUACCAACCAAGCAUGUCGCUUGUUGACUAUGGUUCGAGCAGCGAUGAGGAUCACAGUGAGGACGAGGAAGAGCAGAGGGUGGUGGGCAGUACGGCCGGUGUGAAGAAGGCAGCACCGCCACGGCAAGCAGCAGCCGUUGACAAGAAGAAGCAACGGUUACGCGCAGCGUUGGAGGCCAAGCGACGACAGAUGUUCAACCUGCCAGAUCCAGACGCGAGCGAGUUCCAGGAAGAUGACGACGAGGACGACGAUGCCCAAAGCCGACAGAUGGCACCGGCGCCAAAGAAGCCCAAGCUCUUCUCCGAGCUGCUGCCGGCGCCCAAGCACAGCAGUGCCACGCCAGCCGCCAAAGUGCAGAGGAGCAGCAUCACCACCACCACCACCACCACCAGCAAGCCAGCAUCCACAGGCCCAGGUGCGUCCUCGUCAUCAACCACAUCGACAGUCGCAGCUGCUUCAUCGGCAGCGGCAUCGUCGUCAUCAUCCUCUACUGCGGCGUCGUCGCUGCAGCCGCGUCAGCUGCAGAAGAAAGCAGCGGGGAUACCCGCCACCUCGACUUCAAAGCACACAGCCACCGCUGCCAGGCCGGCCAACCGGUUUGGAUUGGUGGCCGACGACGACGACGGCGAUGAUGACGGUGAUGAUGACGACGAUGGCGAAGGUGGGGUGAGCGGUGCACGUGCCAGCAGCUUCUCUGCUUCCGUGCGCCGUCAGACCCAAUAUCGCAUCGCGUCCACGUCCGUGACGGCGGCGCCGGUAAGCGGCCUGCCGCCGCCACCAUCAUACGACAUGCACAGCCAAUACCAAUCAGCACCCGUGCCAAAGGGCAAGCCCAAGUUUGGCUACGGGCGUGCACCACAGGUCGUGACAUCACAGCAGCAACAGCAACAACAAUACCAAGAACAACAAAGCGCGCACGGCACCACAUCCAAGCUUGUCGUCACCGAGGAGGACGAAGAGCUGAAGCGGUUUCUCGGCCGACGCGAGGGGCACGGCGCCAUCAAACUCGUCAACGUCGACGAUCGCGAACGAAGGGACACAUUUGACGAGUGGCGAGCAAAGACGAAGAACAGCACCGACACAACGCCCAAGAGCAGCCUGGAGGCGGACGUACCAAAGGGGAUGGAGCGCCGGAAGCAUCAGAUCACGUAUUUGGCGGCUGAGGCGCGGGCCCGCGAGCAGGAGCUGCAGACCAAGUGGGCACACAGCGCAGCGGCACGCAGGGCCGCACGGCAGCGGUACGGGUUUUGAUCACGCAGACGCGUGUCGUAGAAGAACGAGGAGAAGACGAAGCCGUGCAGACGUACGUGUGCUCCGCACACACAUGCCCAGGGUCGCAACAGCACGUUCAAUCCUCCCCAUUUCCCUGUGGGCUGCACGAUUUCGUUUGACGGUCGUGUUGAUUGUCAGCGUGUAUUGCUCUGGCAAGAAACAUGAAUAACACCCACGAAUCCUGAA